AUGUCCGAGUCCAGACUUAGGAUUUCCAAAAUCGACGAGGUGACCCAGGUUGAGUUCAUCGAUCGCAACAUUCUGGAUGAAGCAAACAUCCAAGCGAUCAGUGAUGAAAUCAGUGGGUUGAUCGACACGACCUCAACCCCACAGAUCCUGAUCAACUUUGCGAAUGUUGAUCACUUGUCUUCCGCGGCUCUUGGGGCGCUGAUCACCAUCAACAACAAGACCAACGAAAAAGACGGCACACUCCGUCUCGCAAAUAUCGAUCCGCAGAUUUAUGAAGUCUUCGUGAUCACAAGGCUGAACAAACUCUUCAACAUCCACGAGACGCUGAACGACGCGAUGACACAGUUCAACGCGUUGGUCAAUGAUCGUGAUCAAAUCAACGAGUUGAUUGACCGGAUUCUCAAGCUUGCCGUAGACGCGGGGCUCAAGGAUGCCGCUCUGUUCGCAGUCCGACUCGCGAUCGAAGAAGCAAUCACCAACGCGUUCGUCCACGGCCACGAAGGACUCGAUACAAACCUCCCUGUGACAGUCGAGUUUAAAGUCAGUGACGGCGAUCUCCAAAUCGCGAUCGAAGACCAAGGUGUGAUGCUCAUGAAAGCAUACAUGACCGAAGUCGCAUUCAACAGCCAGGGGAAUAGGGUCGCUGAUAUCAUCGGCGCCGACUCCAAGGAAGUGAUCUUCACUUCUGGUUCUACGGAGUCCAACAACAUCGCGAUUAAAGGCGCCGCGAACAUGUACGCAAAGAAGCCUGCGGGUGAGACUGGCCGUGGACACAUCAUCUCUGCGAUUCACGAGCAUAAAGCCGUGCUCGAUCCAUGCAAGCGUCUCGAGAAGGAAGGCUUCGAUGUCACUUACCUAGAGCCGGGACCUGACGGACUCAUCACCCGCGACAUGGUCGAAGGCGCUCUGCGUGACGACACCAUCCUCGUCACCAUCAUGUGGGCCAACAACGAACUGGGAACCAUCAACGAGAUCCCGGAGAUCGGCGAACUCUGUCACAGCAAGGGCGUGGUUUUCCACACCGACGCGACGCAGUGGGUUGGCAAAAUGCCUACCAAUGUCAAGACCGACAACAUCGAUCUCCUCUCGCUCUCGGGACACAAGAUCUACGGCCCCAAGGGUGUCGGCGCUCUCUAUGUCCGUCGUCGCAAGCCACGCAUCCGCUUGACCGCGCUCCAAGAAGGCGGCGGACAAGAACGAGGUUUCCGUUCAGGAACGCUGAAUGUCACCGGCAUCGUCGGUCUCGGGAAAGCGUGCGAACUCUGCGCUCAGUCCAUGGAUGACGAACGCGAACGCCUCCUUGAGUUCCGCAAUAUGCUCGAAUCAAUGAUCGAGAAAGAACUCGAUGUCGUGCAAGUCAAUGGUCAUCGCGACAAACGACUCGCAAACAUCACCAACAUCUCAUUCGGCUUCGUGGAAGGCGAGUCUCUCAUGAUGGCGAUCAAGGAAAUCGCUGUAAGCUCCGGAUCCGCGUGCACCAGCGCCUCGCUCGAACCAAGCUAUGUGCUCAAAGCUCUCGGCAUUGGCGACGACCUCGCUCACUCUUCGCUGCGUCUGUCUUUCGGUCGCUGGACGACCAAAGAGCAAGUCGAGUUCGCGGGAAACAAGAUCAUCGAGGCGGUCAAGAAACUCCGCGAUCUCUCACCGCUGUACGACAUGCACAAUGAGGGGAUCGACAUCUCCAAGAUCGAAUGGGAGAUCGGUGUUGGUCUUGUCGGCGCCCCUGAGUGUGGAGAUGUGAUGCAGCUCCAGAUCAAGGUCAACGACGAUACCGGUAUCAUCGAGGACGCGAAGUUCAAGUGCUUCGGUUGCGGAUCCGCAAUCGCAAGUUCUUCACUCGCGACUGAAUGGCUCCGCGGCAAAACCCUUGACGAAGGACUCGACAUCAAGAACACUGAGAUCGUGGAAGAACUCUCGCUCCCACCAGUAAAGAUCCACUGUUCAGUCCUCGCUGAAGACGCGAUCAAAGCCGCGAUUUCCGAUUACAAGCACAAGCAGGAAGCGUGA